AAUUUGGAAGGGGACUUUUUCAAAAAGGGAUCGCGAGUCCCGUUGUCUUCCUUCUGUCCGUCAAUCAGCCAACGAAGCCCAUCCCCAGGUCUACUAACAAAACAGCCCAUCAUGUCGUCCGAGAAGACCCAGAACCCCAUGAGGGAGCUCAAGAUCCAGAAGCUCGUCCUCAACAUCUCUGUCGGAGAGUCUGGUGACAGGCUCACCCGUGCCGCCAAGGUGCUCGAGCAGCUGUCCGGUCAAACCCCGGUUUACAGCAAGGCCCGCUACACCGUCCGUACCUUCGGUAUCCGCCGUAACGAAAAGAUUGCCGUCCACGUCACCGUCCGUGGCCCCAAGGCUGAGGAGAUUCUUGAGCGUGGCCUCAAGGUCAAGGAGUACGAGCUGAGGAAGCGCAACUUCAGCGAGACCGGCAACUUCGGUUUCGGUAUCUCCGAGCACAUCGAUCUCGGUAUCAAGUACGACCCCGGCAUUGGUAUCUACGGCAUGGACUUCUACUGCUGCAUGACCCGCCCUGGUGAGCGUGUCUCCCGCCGCCGCCGCUGCAAGAGCAGAGUCGGUACCAGCCACAAGAUCAACCGCCUCGAGACCAUGAAGUGGUUCAAGUCUCGCUUCGACGGUAUUGUCCGUUAAGCGACGUCUUUGUAUUUUCUUAUGGCACGGCACGGUUAUGACGGAGUUAUAACGUUGGUUCAAAAGGAGCAUAUGGGCAAACGGUGACGACCUCUCACCUGGGAAUUAAAAAUCAUUGGGUUUUGGCUUCGUCAUGUAUAUCCUGCACUCAGUCUCUUGUGAGCAUUUGCUUCACACAAGCAUGGUCUGAAUUUUUCAACCAAGCUGCGGCCUUAGAGUCCGACCGGCCUGUGCCGGCUUCCCUCAGCAAAUGACAGGCGUGUUCAUGCUUCGCUGGACAGAUAUUUGACGCUUUUGGAGUCUAGGAGUUUCUGCAAUACAUUUGAUGAUAGUUUCUGAUGCAUGGAGUGGUUCAGUAGCU